GAUACAUAACAUAGGCAGGCAGGAUUUGAUCAAAACCCGAACGCGUGUGACUCCCCCUCUCUUCCUUCGUAUACGACACGACCGUCCAUCGAUUCGGACCGUAACAGAGUGAAACUUUUAAUGAUGACGAUCUGAAAUUUUCUUUCCUCUCACAUAUUGAAUUCUCCGACACCAGAUUGCUUCCCUGUUCUGUCUGUUUUUUUUUAAUAUUCUGAUGCAUUAGUUUCAACCGCGAUUACGUUACCGACUUCUCUUCUUAUUUAAACAUCCACCACUGCUUCGACGUGUAUACAAAUUCGAUUCGAAUACUGUCGAUUAAAAAAUCGUAUGAACUGGAGUCGAAGAUUUAAUUUUUUGUUUCGGUGCGUUUCAAUUGAUUAUUAACGAUCACUUCUCGAUCCGAUCCAAUCAGGAGUUGGUGAAUCGAUUUGAUUGCGAUUUGAUCUGAGAUGGUACAUCUCCAGAGCUCAAUCUCCGUCGUCGAACAAUCACCGAUCAUGGCAAACUCAUCAGACCACAACAAGCCAAGAGCCAGCCGUAAAUCAUCAUCAAUCUGCUGCGACGGAUCUCCGUCAGCAGCCAUCGACGUUCUGAUCUUGAUCGCCGUCGUGACAUCAUCGGGGUUCUUGAUCUUCCCUUACAUCAGAUUCAUCGCCGUCAAGUCCGUGGAGAUCUUCUCCGACGUCUCGUGCAUAGUCAAGGAAGAGAUUCUCCGUAACCCCGACCCGGUUGUAUACGGGCUGAUCGCGUUGAGCGUCUCGUGCACUGCCUUGUCGGCUUGGAUGAUUGUUAUACUUGUCUCUAGUCGGAAUAAAUGCGGGAAGCCUGGUUGCAGAGGGCUGGGGAAGGCUAAUGCGGAGUUUGAUAUUCAGCUUGAGACGGAGGAUUGUGUGAAAGGUGGAUCGGGGUCGAGUGUUGUUAGCAAGAAGGGGUUGUUUGAGUUGCCUCGUGAUCACCACCGUGAGUUGGAGGCGGAGCUGAAGAAGAUGGCUCCGAUUAAUGGGAGGGCGGUGUUGGUUUUUAGGGCGAAGUGUGGGUGUUCGGUUGGGAGGUUAGAGGUUCCUGGUCCUAAGAAGCAGCAAAGGAAGAUCAAGAAAUGAAAAAUCUUUUUUGAGAUAAAAGAUGGUAUCAUUACAGUUUGUGAUGAUGAUGAUGAUGAUUAUACUUUGAUUAGCUUAUAAACAUGUUUUUUUUUCUUUUCUUUUGGGAGUUUAGUGAUUUUUCACAAGAACUUCUUACACAAAACUAAUAUGAUGUUAAUCUCCAUGUGUUUAAAUAAAAGACCUUUACAAUGAGGGAUAUUGCAGA